AUGCAUUUCGCCGGGCUAUGCGCUGCGGCGCUCACGGUCGGAAGUGCCUAUGGCUAUAUCGACUCCCAACCCUUCUUUAUGUUCUCUACCUCAGAACUCCUCACAUCGUCCUCCAAAGUACAGACCGCACCAUCUAUAGUCUCCGACAUUGCCCUCUCCUUAUCACAAUGUCCAUCAGACUACUAUAUUCUGGUCUCCCAGCCAGGCGUUUCCUCACAGAAUUAUCAUUGCAAGAAGAACACGCCUACUCUCGCUCAGAAGCUGUCCACUUCUCAGCAACCAGGAAGCAUUAUUAAGAGCAACCUUGCCAUCACAGACGUAGUCGGGACCAUCGACCCAUCAAGCUGGACGGAAUUGCUUCAGACGACAUGCGGCGUUGAAACGAUGGAAAUUCAUGCUGCCAACGGCGAGAUACCUUCAAAUCUCGGACCCGCCCCAAGACUGAUUCAUCUUAAACUCCCUGCCCCGUCUUCGGAGUCAAGGGCGCAAGAUCUGGCCAGUAAUGAUGCAUUCUUCGCCACGUUGCUGGAGAUGCUCCCUACCCAGAGCUACACGGUUCUAUAUACCACGAGACGGGCACGAGAAGGAUGGUUCAGCGCACAGGUGAUGGAGCCUGCAGGGUAUGAGAUGGAGAGCGAUAUUCAAGAGGCCCUCCAUAGCGAUUUGAAGAGAAAUCUGGGAGCUAGAGUUGCGAGUGGCAACAAGACAGAGAACCAGACCUUGAUUGAUGGACCUCUGUUUGAUAAGUACCAGUUCUUCACACCUGGUAUUUUCAUGGGUUUCCUCACAGGUUUUCUCCUACUAUCAAUUCUGUAUGUUGCUGUUUCAGCAGUGGCAUCACUACAGGUCACGUACGCUGCUUUCGAUAAGGAGACGGGCGCCCUUGCUUCUAGCAAGAAGGCUCAAUAA